AUGAAAGAAGCCAUCAUCGACCAGACCGUCGCGGUCACAAUCCGCGACGUCGAAAUCCCAACUCCCCAGCCGGGCCAAGUCCUAAUCAAAGUUGUGGUAUCCGGCACAAACCCAAAGGACUGGAAAGUCCCUAAAUGGCAGCCCGACAACGUCAUAAACCAAGGCGAUGAUAUCGCAGGUUACGUGGAGGCGGUCGGCGAAGGAGUCCAGAAGUUCCGCAAGGGCGAUAAAGUAGCGGCGUUCCACGAGAUGAUGAGUCCUCAUGGAAGUUAUGCCGAAUAUGCCAUUGCGUGGGAACAUACUACUUUCCAUCUCACCGAGAAGACCAGCUUUGAAGAGGCUGCUACCAUCCCCCUUGCAGCAAUGACUGCAGCUUUGGGCUUGUACCAAGAGCUGAAGCUCCCUCUACCCUGGAGCCCAGCUGGAAAACCCACCCCGCUAGUUGUAUACGGCGGCGCCAGUGCAGUGGGCGCAUUCGCCAUUAAAUUCGCCAAGUUAUCCAACAUCCACCCAAUCAUCGCUGUAGCAGGCAAGGGCGCACCUUUCGUCGAGGAUCUCCUCGAACCAUCGAAAGGAGACACCGUCGUCGACUACCGUGAAGGCGACGACGCCGUCCGCUCGAAGAUCAGGGCUGCUGCCAAUGGCGCGCCCGUGCACUAUGCCUAUGAUGCUGUGUCUCAGAAGGGAAGCCAUGUCAACUUAGGUGCUGCGUUGACGAAGCCUGGAGCUAUUACGACCGUUUUGCCUACUCCAAGUGACGAGGCUGCUGAUGGCAUUGCAAUCCGUCGCACAAUGGUCGGGUCUGUUCAUAUGCCUCCAGCUGAGGGAAAGGCCCUUGGUGAUAAGGAGUUCGGGGCUGCAUUUUUCCAGUUUAUUGGACGCGGUUUGGCGCAGGGUUGGUUCUCUGGGCACCCGUAUGAAGUGCGGAAGGGUGGACUGGGAGGUGUUGAAGGGGCAUUGAAGGAUUUGGAGGCUGGUAAGGCAUCUGCUGUUAAAUAUGUUGUGAGGAUUGGAGAGACGGAAGGUGUGUUGCUGUAG